CUGGCACAGUACCUAGCCCAGCACCUUGUUAUUAUAUGAAUGGCUCCCCUAUUCACUUUGUUGACUGCAUCAGACUUGGGACUGUUGAUAGACACCACUCUGAAGUUUCAUCAGCAUAUUCGUGUAAUUACCAAUAAGGCUUCAGGUAUAGCUUCUAACCUUUUGAAGAGCACUGUCAACCAUGACUCCUCAUUUAUGCUUUCUCUGUAUCUAACCCACAUUCACCCAGUCAUUGAAUUUUGCUCAGUCAUUUGACACACCGGAUAUGAGGGAGACCUGACACUGCUGGAAGGGGUUCAGCGUCGCUAGACUAAGCAAAUCUCUGGAUUUAACAACAUGGAAUACAAUGCACGCCUUGCUGCACUUGGCUUAUUCUCAGUGAGAGGCCUAUAAGGUGCGUUCUGUGCCUCAGGCGUGUGAGGAGUGAGGCGUCGAGAGCGGCCGCGUCAGGAGGGCCCUCGCAGCACUACCAUGCUGAGCUAUGAGGCGCUGCAGGACGUGCUGACAGCGGCGGUGGUGGUGGCGGUGGUGGCCGUGGUGGUGGCGGCGGCCUGGCUCUCAACAAGCGUGCGGGAGCCGUUAGUGGCGACGGCGGUGGUUGUGAUACACAGCAGUGGGGCCGUGGAGGGCGGUGGGGGGGAGGGGGGCGAAGGGAGUGCAGCGGAGACUAGUGAUGGUGGCGGGGAGGCCAUGGCGGCUACCCCAGAGGACAGUGAAAAGGACAGUGAGGCCACGACCUGCCCUGCGGAGGAAGGCAUGCAGGCCACUGACACCCCCCCAGAGGCCGCCCUGCCGAGGACUCAGGAAUGUGCGACAGGAGGAGAGGUGAACGCUAGUGCCAUGGGGGGUAGUGGGGGGAGUGAGGGGGAGAAGUGCGACACCCCAGGGCUAAAGGAAACCACUGGGGAGGAAACGGCUGGUGAUGCCCUCCCGCCACCCCAGUCUAGUUUACCGGAGAUGGAGGUGCGGAGGCGGAGGCUACAGCACUUUGUCUCCAUGGGGGGGGCGGCCACUAACUUGGACACUUCGAGCCCAGUGGUGGAUGAAGCAGACCAGAAGCGACUGGCAGAUGCAUCACCCGCCUCAGACAAGGUGCAGGGAGUGGAUGAUGAGAAGAGGAAGGAGGUGGAGGAGGAGAAGGAGCAGGGCAAGGAGGAGCCCAGGCCGCCGGGAAGCAUUAAAAUCCGCCUCAAGUUCUUGGAUGAGACGCAGCGCCACGUGUUUGCCCAGCUGACAGAGAAAGUCGGCUCUUUUAAAAGACAGCACUUCUCCAUCGAGCUGGACGACAACCGACGCAUCCGGCUCAUCUUCAACGGCCAGCUCUUAAGCCGAGAUUCCUCCACACUAGCCCAGUACGGCCUCUUUGAUAACUGCGUCGUUCACUGCCAUGUGUCACAGCCCCAGCUCCUCCCUCGCACCCCAGGCCGGUCGGGGGAGGCUGCAGCACAGGAGGAGGAGGACGCCUAUGUCUCCAGACUAUUGGCGCCGCUGCUGUACGCGGUGAUGGUGGUGAUGUGGUACCUCCGAUACGAGUACGGACACCUCUUCAACACCAUGUCCACCAUCAUCCUGCUCUUCCUCACUGCCCUGCUGCUCAUCUCCACCUACCUGCUCUACAUCACACAACAUGUGCCUCAAACCGCCACUGCCGCAGCCGCCACGCCUGUAUCCGUCACCACAUCCUUCUCCACAUCCUCCUCCACUUCCUCCUCCGCUUCCGCCUCUCCGCCCUCCGCUGCUGCCUCUACGUGAGUCUAGUGUGGCCUGUCGGGUGUCUAGGGAUAGCAUAGUGGUUUGUUAUUGUAGUUGCUGCCAUCCAGCCUGUCACCCGCACCCCAGACUAGUUCCUGAUUGGGUGAUGUUAGUCUGUUGUUGUGGAAAUAAUUGUGUGUGCUGGAAAUUUAUCUCGGGUGAAAAUGGUCAGAAGAAAAUGCCAGAUACGUCACGAACUUAUCCUAUGCAUGUGUGAGAAGGCGUUGAGAAAGAGAGCUACGUAAACAGUGAACUUGUCCCAGGUGUGAAAAGUGGUUAGAAGAAAGAAAAUACAGAUGUCGCAAAUUUAUAUCAUGUGUUGGUUGGCUGAUGUUAGUUUCGUUGUUGUGCGGAAAGAGGUAAAGAAAACAUACAAAAACGUACAUUUAUCCGAGGUGAAAAAAAGAGGUCGGUAAGGCCUGUGUGAAAAAGCUUAAAUUUAUUGUGCAUGUGAAAAGAUGUUGAAAAAUUACAUGAACCAUAAAAUUAUCUUAUGGUGAAGAAAAAAAUAACUGAAAAAAUAUAUACAAUCUGCAAAAUCAUAUAUACUUCACAUGCUAACAAAGCUCGGAAAAAAAAAAUUAAAACAUAAACAACAAAAUAACUUCAUAUGUUAAAAUAGAAAAGGUUGUAAAAAUAAAAUCAACCUAAAAAUUAUCUCACAACACAAACCAUUUAAAAUUAUACCCUAUGUAAAAAGACGCAAAUACUAUGUCCACUACUUUUCUGGGUUAGGGGUCAGGGAGGGGGGUGGCAGGGGCGGGCGAGAGGGAGUGGAGUGGCGUAGGGGACUGACUGACCGACUGACUGGCUGGCAACACACUACUGCAUUAUUAUUUUUUGACAUAGGUGUGAGUCGUUGCAUCGAAGCGUGCUCUCGGAACACACGCACAAAGCCUUUCUGAGGUGAUUUUACUUAUUUUUGUUUGUUUGUCAUCACGGUUUGCAGGAAGUGAGUGUGUGAUGAUGGUGGAGAGAGUGGUGGCGAUAUGAUUGUGUAGGUGAUGGUGAUGAUGAUGGGAGUGGUGUUGAGGUGUUCACAGGUCCUUGCCUCACCCGCUGCCUGUCUGUCUGUCUGUCCGCCGUACUUAUAUAUAUAAACCCGACGGAAAGUUUGUAUUUUUACCAUUCUGUCCUUCUUCCUAAUUUAUUAUGUUUUGUGAUAAUCAUUUUAAGAAGGGAUAAUAAGAAGACCGUGUUUUUGUGAUAACUUAGAAUACGUCGCUUUUUGCUUUUCUUUAUUUUUUUUUGCAGUAAAGGAAGCAGAUGAAGAAUAUAUGAAAACAAAAAAAGUAGAAGAGUGUUGGGAAGGUUACAGUCUCUCUUUUUUGCCCCUCGUUCCGUUUUCUUUACCAGAUCAAUGAAUAGGGUGCUCUUUUUUAUUUUUCUUCUUAUUUAUUUUACUUUAUUUGACUUUAUUUUACUUAUUAUUUUAAUUUAUUCUACUUAAUUUUACUUUGCAUUACUUUACUAUAUUUUGUUUUAUUUUAUUAUUAUUAUUUUUUUUUGCCUUGAGCUGCUUCCUUUGAUGUAAAAAAAAUCAGUUUCGCUCUUAAAAGCUGCAGCAAUUACUCUAUUAUCAUUAUUAUUACUAUUAUUAUUAUUAUUACUGCCUUGCUCUAUGCACAUUUAAGAGUGAGAAGAAUGGGAGUAUAAUGGUGUGUUUCUAUUGUUUUUGUCUAUUUUUAUUUUUUUAUAAUGUACAGUUGUAUUUAAACCUUCAUUCUUCAAGUUAUUUUCCUUCCUUAUUUAGUUUAUGUAAGUUACCCACUAAUCCUUAUCCUCAUCCCUAUCCCUGCACAUAAUUAGAGGUGGUGAUACAUAAUUGUUUUUCUAAUCUUUAUAUAUUUUCUCUAAAGCUUUGUUCUUUUAAGUUAUGUGGUUUGUUUUAGUAUUGUUUUAGGCCACUCUCCGUUUGCUAUCCUUUUCCCUUCCGCCAAUUAGGAAACCGAUUAAAAAGUGGUAUAAUUAUGUUUUUUCUGCUUUGUCUUUUAAGGACAAACAAAGAAGAAAAAAUUUAUAUACCUAAUUGUUUUUCCUAUUUUUUUUACGUAUAGUCAACUUCCAGAAUGUUUUAUUUCAUUGAACCGUAGUUUUUAUUUGCUGCCUUUAGUCAUUUAUCCGCUCAUUUACGUUUACACUCAUUUAUACAGAGAUGUCAGUUCAUGCAAAGAUAAAAAAAAAUCGACAAUUCUAGCUAUUUUUUUCGAUAAUUCAAGAUAAUUUCCUUCGUUCUCUACAGUGAUUCAUUUCCUUCCUUUCCUUUUGAUUCAUUUACCUCACUUACUCAUUACAAAGACAUCAGUUCAAGUAGAGAUCAUUCAUCCUUUACUCUCCGCUGUAUUCACUUCCUUCAUUCCUCUCGAUUCAUUCACCUCACUUAUUACAAAGACAUCAGUUCAAAUAGACAUUGCUCAUCCUAUAUUGUUUGCUUCCUUCCUUUCCUUUUGAUUCAUUUACCUCACUCAUUACAAAAGACAUCAGUUCAAGCAGAGACCCUUCAUCCUUUAUUCUUUGCUUCCUUCCUUUCGAUUCAUUCACCAUCUCAUUCAUUACCAAGAUAUCAUUAUUAGCAGGAGUCAACAUAUUUCAUGCUUUUUAUUUUCUUCUGUCACAUAUCUCAUUCACUCACUACUAUACAGAUUAAAUGGGAGAGCUUCAAAAACUUGCUUCUAUGCAGAGGGCGCCAUUCUUCAUACCAUCCUUGUGUCUAGAGCAGAGGUUCCCAGGCAUUUGGUUGAGAAGGAUUGGCUGGGAGGUUGCAGUCUUGGGAGAAAGAUUUUUAUAGCUUACAGUUUUGCGAUUGUUUUCUGUGCCUUUUUCUGCUGGUGGUGUUCUGAUGGUGUGUGUUGAGAGGGAACAUAUGGGUGUCUCUUGGGGCAUGUCAGGGCUGGGCUUGGGUGAAAACUAGUGCAUUAGAGGUGUGUGAAACGAAUGUCUGAAAUUAGGGGUUGCGUGAAAAAUGUGAUUAAAAUGAAAAUUGUGUGAAAAUUGUGAAAAAUCAAAUGGGGUUUCACAGAACGGAUUAUGAACUGGUUGGAUAUGCAGUGAUGACGCACUUCAAGGUUGGAUAGACGCUCCCUAACCCCAACUACCACCAAAUAACCUAGAUGUAGAAUUGACAUGGAGUGUUACAAAAAUCAAUUCCCUAUACAAAAGAUCCACAAUAUUCUACCAUAAAGGAAUUUCGGGGACAUGUUAAUUACCCGAAAAAACACAAUUAUGGUCAAAGGGUCUCAAAAACAAGAAAAAGACAAAUGAUAGGAACUAGAGGAAGAGAAGACUUAAGGUAUUAUCGUGCCUGCUACUUAGAAAUCACUCUGAAGGUCCCCCAUUGAAACAUGUCAGAUUGUUUUACGUUUAUGUUCACUAUGUUCUCCACAGGGGUUUGUUCUGACUCACUUUUCUCAAUAAGAGUUUUUUUGUUUAUAUUUUUUUAGCUCAUACUUAUUGAAUAUGGUGUUUUAUAUACGUGUAGUUUAUCCGAGGUAGUUUCGUUGCUCUCGCCAAGUUUUCCGUUUGUUUCAUUUGACACAUUGUUGGUUUACUGUAUAGUUUUCCAUCAUCUUUCUUGGAUAGUUGAGAGUGCAUUCCAUCCGCCAUGCCAACACCACUCGCACUUGAUUUUUCAAGCAUCAUAUUAGUCCUCAUCAAAUAUAUCCUGCCUGUCAAUAUAUACACUUAAUAUACCCUUCCAGACAUCCCUUCCAUCCCUUAAGUUACUUCUCUUCCCCUUAUUCCCCUUCCUUCGUCCUCCCCUUCCCUUUCAUACUUACUCUCUUCCUCUCGUCACCAAUUCCUCCCGUGUCAUUCAGCCCAAGGAAAUAUUCAUAAAACUUCCAUAUGUCAACAGUGGUUUAUAUAUUCACUCAUUUUCACCCCUCGUAACUCUUUUCAUAGGAGCAGUGAUUUGCGGGCUUUUUUUUUCAUUAUUGUUUUCUUUUUUUUGCCCUUGAGCUGUUUCCUUUACUGUAAAAAGAAGAAACUCAAAAUUGAUAAUGUUUUCCAAAGUAUUUUUUCCUCAGUUGACGUUGAGAUCUUCUUGUUCUUCUUCUUCUUCUUCAUCUUCUUCGUUUAUUGUCCGUCUUUCUCCCAUUCUUCGGGUUGGACUUGCGAUGAUCCUCCUCCAUCUUGCUCGGUCCAGCGCUAAUCCUUCCUCUAUUUCUAACACUUCUGAGCCUUGUUGACGUUGAAUUGACAAUGACGAUGAUGACAGUUAUGAAUUAGCACUGUGCGUAGGAAUUGCCGAGUCUACCCUGACAUUCAACCUAUGUCAACCGAGCACCUGUCUUUCGGAAACAGGUAGAGCGACACCACCAACAGCAUUUUUAUUUUUUUAUUUUUUUUUAUUUUUUUUAGAUCGCCUGACGAGAUUUUAUUUUUUCAUUUUUUCAUUUAUUUUUUACACAGGCUAGGUUUGCCAAUUUGUACUCGCUGUCAUCGUCCCAAUUAGUACUCAGAGAAGGGAGAACGCUUACCAUUAUGUGCUUUGGGGGCGUCAAGGGAAGGGGUAGUUGUGGAAAAUGGGUUGUCGGUGUUAUGCUCAUGGAAGAAUCAGUCAGUCACUCGUUUAUUCUGUAAUUUACGCUAAUUAAGUCGCCUAAGUUUGAUCAUGCAAUAGAAACAUAUCGCUGUAUUUCUCUCAUUUUUUUCUAAGUAUAAUUCGUUCAUAUUUUGUAGUUUAAUUCACUUUGUUCACUGUUCGAUUUUCUGUUACUCAAGAGAAUACUGUAUUUUUUCUCAAUUUCAUAUAUAAAUUUCAUUGUAUGUAUUGUUUGUAUUUCACACUAAUUACAGUAAACCCCCUUGAUAUCGCAGUUCAGUUUUCGCGGUCCCGAUAUUUUGCAUUUUUUUCUGUAAGACCUAUUAAUUUUGAUAUUGUGUAUAUUUUCACCAUUUCGCGGCAUUUCACAUCAAGCGUCGCGAUAGAAUUGCCGUAUGUACCGAUUCAGCCAAUCAGAGCAUCGAUAUUUUCUCGGCCGCUGAUUGGCUGUUGUGUUCUAGAAGCAUCUCACUGCUUCGCAUCUUGCAGGGAGAGAACCUGUUCACCUUGUUCUGUCUCAAUAUCUUUUAUGUGUUUCUAUUGUUUUAAAAGUGUGUUUAAAGACCUUAAAAUGCUUUUAAAAGUACCAUAAAAGUUAUAAAAACAUGCCUAGGGUAUUUAAAUAGAGUAUUUCUAUUUCGUGGAUUUUCACUUACCGCGGGUGGGUCUGGAACGUAACCCCUGCGAUGGAGGGGGGACUACUGUACAUCACUAUGCCUAAUUUUGUGCUACUCAAGACAAUGAUUUUUUUUUUUUUUUUCUCAGUAAGAGUUUGUUCAUUUUUUUGUUUAUAUUUUUUUCUGCUCAUACUUACUGAAUUCAUUUACUUGAUUCUGCACUUUUCGCUACUUGUCUUUAGGUAAUUUCAGUUCUUUUAGUUCUAGUUUUGAGGAGUAGAAAAUUAUUUGUAUAUUCAUCUGCUUACACUCAUCAAAUCACUGCGUUCGACUAUACAAUUCAGAACCACACUCUUAUUACUCUUAUUAUUUUGCACUUUUCUCUAGAUUUCUCCACAAAAUUUCAGUUGUUAGUUCUAGUUUUGAGGUCUUGAAAAUUAUUUGUAUAUUUAUCUGCUUCCACUCAUCGAAUCUCUGCGUUCGACCAUAUGAUUCAGAACCACACCCUUAUUACUCUUAUUAUUUUGCACUUCUCUCUAGCUAUGUUUUUAGAUAAUUUCAGUUCUUUUGGUUCCAAGGUCUAGAAAAUUAUUUGUUUAAUCAUCUCACGCUCAUCAAGUCACUGCGUUCGACCACACGACUCAGAACCAUACUCUAAUUUCCCUUCCCUAUGCGAGUACUAAUUGGGGUGAUGCGUACAGACUGGCAAACGUACCCCCAGGCUGGCACCUUGCAAGACCCGACCAGCUGGAGCUUCAUAGAGUGUUACCCACGGCUCUGUUUUGCCGGUACCUUACCUUACCUUACCUAUCCUAAGCCGUUAUUUAUGUAGUCAUGUUUAUAUACUCAAAAUAUAAUUAUUAUUGAAAUAGAA